AUGACGCAGGACAUGAAUUAUAUUCCAUCCUCAGCCAUUCUGCAGAAGGCCCCGCCUCCACACCUUGAGCUUAUCAAGUACUACUUCCGACCUCAACUUGAAGAGCUUGAAAAAAGAUUCCACAGCGUUGAGGCCUUGGGAGCUGCCACACUUGGUGAAUGGAAAAAGGGCCUCGAAACUGCUGGACGAGAGAGGAACGCGGACGCAACUCGGUUCGAGCAAUGGGAGCUUCACGGUGGCUUCUCCAGGAUCCCCAUGACGCUAGGCCACAAAGAGACCGCCGGGCGUGCUAAUCUAGGAACUCUAUCGAGUCAAGAGCACACUUUGGCAAAGAUUGACCGCAUGCAGCAAAUUGAUUUGCGUUCUGGCGCAGGAACACCAUCCUCAGGAUACGUUGCCUUGGAGUCGUCUAUAUCUGGCUCAAUUUCUGGCGAAUCCCAGCACACAGCUGGCAAGUUGUCCACCAACUCGCGGCCUGACCCAUCUAGAACUACCGAAGUAUCUCCUAUUCAGGAUCCUCAGGGCCAAAUCGCUUUUCGACAACCUCGUCAAAGAACCGAACGUAGUCUCAAGGAAGCAAAAGCGGCCAGAGCAGAACGUCGCAAAGAGAUUGAGAGGCGCUGCCUGGCUCUAAGCCCUCCCAUCAUGCCUACUACUCUGACCUACAUGGAUGCUUUCCAAGCUGCGAUUCUAAUAUCCCUACCUCUUGAUGACAAGGGCUGGGAAGUGCUCAGACCACGUCUCUUGGCCCAACGCGCGGAUGCCGCACAACGCGAGCUCAGGGCUGCCUAUAGCGGUCCGUCUGUGGAACAAGCCAAGCGCCAACAAGUGGAGGAAGAACAGCGCGUUGCUCAGGAAAACACCACUCACAUGUGGCUUGGGCUGAAAGUUCCAAGCCGCGAGAAGCUUAGAAAAUUUGCUGAUGAAUUCAUACAUCUGACCUGGUCGGAUGGUCGCGCUGUGACAAAGGCCACGGCAAGUAAGUUCGCAGCAGAGGUUCUCUGCCACAUACGACACCGCUUUGACGAGGCCAUUGCCCAAGAAGACCACAUGCUUUCCCUGAAAGGCACCGCUUUCCCACAAGAUCCGGAGUCCUUAGCUUGCAGGAAAUUGAACUUGCUGGAUAUGAAGUGGGCUUUUACAGAAUUCGUGCAACCGCACACCCAGCGCUUCGGGAAUUACCUCUUCCUGUGCCACGUCUGCGACACCAAUCAGAAACUAUUCGCGUUCGAGGCUAUAAUUCAGCACUUCGCUUCCAAACAUACCAACGCAUUCAGCCGCGGCAACAGCAUCGUUUUCUGGGAGGCCGACUGGCCCAUCGAGCCUCCAUUCGAUCCGCAUCCGAACCUUCUUUGGGCCCUCGGAACAACUAGCAGUGAUCCCAAGGGUCAAACGCUUCAACUUUCGCAAUCAAACCUCCCGCGUGGCUUGCCACCAUCAGGUGAGAAGGAGCUUGGACCUGUGAAUCCAGUUGGACAUAACUUCGCACCUCACACCGUGCCAACCAGCUACCAAACCUUGUCGAGCUAUAAUCCGGGCAACGUGGACCACUUCACUGCCGGAUUUGGUAAUGGAGCUGGAGCAGAGACCUUUACGCGAUCGUCUAUAGCUAGGUCCGAGGCUUCGGGGAUUGCCAUGGAAGAUGAACACGAUCCUCGAUAUCACACUGGCUGGGUGCCACAUAGGGCCUUGACAGGGGCAACAUAUCGCCGAGACUCCUUCAGAAGCGGAGGGCUUGGCCAGCGGACAGGACCACACCACCUCGCGAGUGAAGGGGUGCGUUGGGAUCAUAUUCGGGACCAUCAUGGUUCACGUGACUUGGAACCUUGGAGAGAACAGCCACUUUCCCAGAGCUCCAUGGUCUAUUCGUAUGAAGAUUCCUCGUCCAGGUUUUCAUAUGGUGGGUCACUUUCACGAGUGCGUGGACCGAGGUCUGAAACUGGAGGAGAAAGUAGAGCUACCAGUCAUAUCUCUGGUCAUAGAGAGAAAGGCUCGGAGCCAGGAGCCUCCUCCCAUCAGCCGGAUACCUCGAGACUAGACGUCGAUCAGAACGCGACCGAGAAUGCCGUGGAUGAUCUCCUGGACAGCUUGGAGCCCAUGGUUUCCGGAGGCACCUCGAGGAAUGCCAAUGCCCGCGCCGAUAUCUUGCGCCCUCCUGCAUACCAAAUGCGUCCCAGCACGGCCUUGUCGGGUCAAGUCGGGGAGUCAACCCUGCAGCACCAGAGCUGGGACACAUUCAGCAGUGUUUCCGGAAGCCAUGUUCCUCCUAUCCCGCCUCCAGCACAUAGGACUUCUUUACCUAUACGCGAACUGGAAGGGUCACCUGUACCUCCCGGAAAUGCCGCAACUCAACAACAUUACAGCCCUUCACUUCCAUCAGUUCACGGUUACGAGGUCUCGCGAGGUCCUAGCUCCGGUGCUGGUGGCAGAUACAUGGAACAAAGUCCUGAGCGACCACAACGGCUUCGGUAUGGACACGAAAGCGUAGAGGUACGUGACGGAGGUUCAGCCUAUGCGGAGCCUCUGUACCAGCACCGAUACGUCUAUGAUCGAGAUGGAAGAAAGUAUGAAGAGAUACGAGAAAUGGCCAUGGAGAGAUACCCAGACCAACACGACAGAUUUUCAAAAGGUCAUCAGGAGCCGUACGCACCGGCCGGGAUGCACUAUCUCGAUGGAGGCUACUCUGUCCACCGGGCAGUUGGCCACGAGGAGUUGGGCCGCGCCAUGCCCAGAGUAUAUCAAACCAACGGUAUUGGGUAUCGCUUUGAGCAGACUAGAGGACCAGCUUUCGACGACCGCUAUCGUGGCGAGGAGCAGUUGGUCCCAGAGCAUCGAACACGGACCUUGAUAUUCGACGAUCGAGAUGUCACUUACCACCCAAUCGAGUCGCCAAUGCGGGCGACAGCUCGGUCGUUGGGCAGGAGCCGCCCUGAAGACUGA